GGCGGCGGCGCGGCGUCGUUGGCGGCGGCGGGGAAGAAGCGGCGGGAGGAGGGCGGCGGCGGCGGUGGCGAGGGCGGCGGCGCGGAGGCGCGGCCGCAGAAGAAGCAGCGCAAGAAGGAUGGCGCAGGCGGCGAUGGAAGCAUUGCAGAGGCCGCGGAUGCGGCUCCAGCGGCUAGCAGUCAGAAAGCCAAGAGGGAUAAGAAAGCCAAGGGGGAGACCGAAGGAGCAACGCCGGCGGCAGCGGCGGGCGACGGAGACAGCGGCGCGGGUGGUGUCAAGGCGAAAAAGAAGAAAGAGAAGAAGCAGGUGCAAGCUGCAGCGGCCGGCGAGGAGGAGCCGGCAGCGGCCCAGCAGCAGCAGCAGCAGCAGCAGCAGCAGCAGCAGCAGCAGCAGCAGCAGCAGCAGCAGCAAGAGGUGCCCAAGCCCAAGAAGCAGCGCCAGCCGCACGUGAGCGGCGACGCCUUGGACGACUUUGACUUUCUGGCAGCGGAUGCGGAAGAGGGCCGGCAGGCUGGGGGCAAGAGGAAGCAGACAGCGGGAAAGAGGGGCAGUGACGGCCACCACGGCAGCCACCACGGCGGCGACGGCGGCGGCGACGGCGCAGCCGACGGGGAGCCGCCGCGGCGGCAGGGGAAGAAGGGGGGCGCAAAGGUCGUCAAGUUUUGA